AUGACAAGCUCAAUUCCUGUCAGUGAAUAUCAUGUUCCUGUUACGCAGCCACCCAACGCAACAGAGGGUAACUCGUCAGCACUGGAAGAAGAGGGUGUGCAUGUCACCAUUGCUGGCCUGUACGACUAUGCCGGAUUUCCAUGGGCUGCCGAGCUCUUUAACUUCACAGCUCGCCUAAUAAACAACCACGAAGAUGGCUGGUUCGACGACGUCCUUGACGGUGUCGAGCUGAGAUAUGAUACCUACGACGCUGCUUGUGAUCAAUCGGAAGCCGUUAGCAAUUACCUAGAAUUCACUCGACAAGGCUCCCCUCCUCAUGGGAUUGUGGGAUGCCGUUGUUCGGGGCCAACCAAGGAUGUGGCCUUCCUGGGAUCUCUGGAUGAAAUACCUGUGGUGUCGCCCUCUGCGACUACACCGGCUCUUAGCAACAAGCAAGAAUAUUCCCUCUUCUCUAGGCUGGUUUCCCCGGAUGAUGCGUCAGGAGAGGUUGGAGCCCUCAUCACUGUCUUGCAAUCCUUUGGUUGGAACAGGAUAUCCAUUAUAAACACGGACAACGAAUACACCAAUGAUCUUGUGACCUAUUUGAAGAACGCGUGGGAAGGCAGAUCCUUCGGGGUCGAUGUUGUCGGCGAGAUUGCGUACACUGGCACGGUAAAGAUCAUAGAAGGGUCGGAGGAAGUUGACCCUGCCUCGGUAGAGCAAGUUCUGCGAAACGUUCCCGUGGAUAAACCCGCCAUCAACUCAAAAGUGAUUGUGCUAGUCGCUCACCAUCAGCACGGCUAUCCUGUCCUUCAGAAAGCACAAGAGAUUGGAUUUCAGCCCGACACCAUCUGGGUGGGAGUGAACGCAUGGACUGGGCAGUUUCCUCCUCCUGGAACUGAUGUAUCAUGGAUGCCCAGCGUACCAGGAUACAUUGGCAUUGCGCCCUACCGAGACCUAAAUGGAGCAGUGUACCAGGAUUACGUGAAGCGGUUGCAGGAAGAUCAACGUCUUCACAACCGUGAGAUCUCAGACGGUCUAUCGUACUGGGCUGCGGAUAGGACAGUGGAUAGUAUCUUGGCUCUUUCCAUGGCACUUUCCAAAACGCCGCUGCAUCAACGUAGGAACGGGACUGCUGUAGUCGAACAACUGAGAGGUUUGAAGUUUCACGGAGUGAGCGGCCAGGUCGAGUUUGAUGAGAAAGGGGACUGGGCAAAUCCUCGCUUUGAAGUCUUAUCCUUGCAGAGUAAUGACCCGUCGGUUGGAUGGAUUUCUUUGGGCACCGUGGUACCUGGAGUCGCGAACAUCGACCAUGGCAAGGUCUGUUACGCUGAGAUUGGAUGCGUCAAUUACAUUCCCUCCGAGCACUACCCGAUCCCGUGGCCUGUUUGGGCUGUUGCUUUUCUCGCAACACUUGCGGUGGUCGUCUUCAAGCUGUGCCUUGUAGCCUUCUUGUACAUUCGGGAGAAGCACAAGAAGCAGCCUUUGAAGGAACAAGUGAGACUUCUGGAAGAUGAGCUUCGAGGCAUCGAUUUCAAGGGAGAGGCCGUACAGCAGAGAAAGGGGAAACUCUAUCACCAGAUUGCCAGCCUCCUCGAUCAACCAACGCCCCCUCAUUGGACUGAUGACCACGGGUUGGUCCCUGUUCCCGUGAGAUCUCCCGAGUAUCUGGCUGUCCAAAAGAAGAUGAGAGAAACCAUGAAUAAUGACGAGACCUGUCACAUUACGGCGCUCUACCGUGUCCAAAACGUGGGUAUCUGGAGUUAUUAUGUGUUCAGGAAAAACCAGUUAGCCAACAAGUACGGUGUCGAUAUCAAUGAUUCCGAUUCUUUGACCGAAUUGGAUGUCUGGCACGGCACAAGCUAUUUGAAUCCUGAUGUCAUUUACAACGAUAUGCAAGAAGGAUUCAUGGUCAACUAUGCCCAGCAAGGAAUGUAUGGCCGGGGGAUCUAUUUUGCUGAACGGGCAGGAUACGCAGAUUGCUACAGUUACCGAGUUUCCGGCGUGGCUGCACCUGACGAGAGUGCCAGUUUCCAUGAGCAAUCCGAACGGGAGAUGUUCCUUGUGAAACUUCUCGUGGGCAGGUCGGCGGAGUUGAAUCACGACGAGAACGAAGGCAUGGCAGAGGCAUGCCGGUCGCUGGUCGCCCCACCCACGGUAGAAGGAACAGAUGGCCUCAAGUACGACACAGUAACCGGCAUCGGCGACUCUGAGUAUGGCACCCGUGUCCAUGUGGUGUACGAGAACGGACGCGCUUAUCCAGAGUAUUUGGUGCGCUACCGAAAGGAAAGGUUGCACCCUUCCAACAGGAGACGUCGACGAGCGCCCGUUCAACAAGUGACUUGCGAGCUUGACAGCACAGCCACUACAAUCAGCUGCAGCGAAGGCAGCGAUGCUGCUGUUGGGGGAUCUCUGACCACUGCAGCCACCACCAGCAUUAUCAUGGAUGGAUUGCUGCCACUGCCGGAGGACAUCCAAGGCUCUCUGACCAAUGACGUCGUGGGUGGAUUGGUCGCGCCCCCCGAGGACAUUGAAUCUGGACUUCCGCCUCCUUCGUCAUCGUCAUCGGCCGUUUGGAUGUAUGAAGCAGAUCAUGGCAGUUGGGAACCCUUCGGUGAGAUUCAUCAAUCACAGAUCGAGGCUGCCUAUGAACGAGACCCCUCUUGCCCGCUGGCAAUCCACUGCGAGCCAUGGACCUACCUGAUCGACUUUUCCGAGGGAACUCAAACCAACAUUGAUCAUCCCAACAAUCGGCAACGGAAAAUCCAGCGGAUGUUGCUGGAGUGA